UGGCACUGCUCAAGACAGUUACGCCCCGAUAAUAACCCUCUAUCGUUUCCUCAUUCUUCGGAAAGAAUCGGGAAGGCUAUUCCUUUUUGGAAGAAACUCCAAGGAACCCUGGUCCCGGGAAAUUUAUGAGUCUCUAAGGCUCGACUCGCAUAGAAUGUACCACACGCUUUCUUUAUUACGAUGAACGGUCAUGAGACUACUUAAAGCAUGCAUUUCAAAAAGGAUCAGAGAAUCCACGGUCUGCGGAGACCCAGCCUCUGAAGCUUCCGAAAGUACUCGGGCUAUAGAUACGGCUACUGUACCAGACGUAGUCCCAAAGUCAUAUACGCCUGGAAACAUUUGGUUUGUUGUCGGCCUCGUAUCUCUUGCGGGUCUUGCAAGCCCAUUUCCUGCAACCAUAUAUUUUCCUUCCCUCCCCAUUUUGACGCAGGUGUUUCAUGAAACAACCGAACGGUUGAACUUGACUCUUACCAUCUUUCUGGUACCUAUGGCCGUCUUCCCUAUGGUAUGGGGACCACUAUCAGACAGAUGGGGCCGACGACCCUGCAUCAUCGCAAGCUUGGUCAUCUUAACCCUUACUUGCGUCGGUCUUGCCCUCGUACCAACUAACGCGUUCUGGUUAUUAAUGUUUCUUCGAUUCCUUCAAUCUGCCGGAUGUACCGGCACUGUUGCUCUAGGUGCCGGUGCUAUUGCGGAUAUCACGACGCGCGCCGAUCGUGGCGGCUAUUUCGGAGCUUUUAACGUUGGCCCUAUGGUUGGUCCUUGUGUUGGUCCGGUAAUCGGUGGUUUACUUGCUCAGUAUCUCGGUUGGCGUUCCAUUUUUUGGUUUCUGGCAAUUUUUUCAGCAGUAUUGCUCGCAUUAUUGCUCCUAUUCCUCCCAGAAACUCUGCCUUGUAUCGUUGGAGACGGCAGUAUAAGGCCGUCAUUCAUUUACAGACCCUGGAUCAAAGUAUUUCGCCGAAGCGAUUGUCAGGACUCAGUUAUCGCCCACAGACCACCUCCGAAGCCCCUUUGCAAUCCAUUCUCACUGAUUGCACAUCUCGACAUUCUCGUCGGGCUGUUUUAUGCAAGUGUUUCAUUCGCCAUACAAUAUAGUAUUUCUGGAACGCUAGCGAAUGCAUACAAAGUACACUACCCAUUUCUCAAUAGCGCCAAUGUCGGUCUCUGUUAUCUAGCCAAUGGAGGAGGCUUGAUUCUCGGCGCAAUUAUUAACGGCAGGGUUCUUGACUUUGAUUAUCGUCGAGCACGCGGUAAAUUCCUGCGUGCUGCUCAAGACAAAGACAAGGCAAUAAAUGGACAUGUACUACGGAACUUCGAAAACUUUCCGCUGGAAUCUGUACGGCUUAAAUGGAGUCCCCAUUUCGUUAUCAUGUAUGCGGCAUGCGUGAUAGGCUGGGGCUGGUGUGUAGAGAAGUCUGUGUUUCUCGCAGGACCCCUGUCUUUACAAGUUGCUCUCGGUUUCGCGAGCAUAUCAGUUAUCAAUACUAUCAUGACGCUUAUGGUGGAUCUCAUACCCAAUCAAAGUUCGUCAAUAACUGCUUGUGUCAAUUUUAUGAGAGCCUCGCUUGCUGCGAUUUUAAUUUCGGUGCAGGACAAGGCUAUUUCGGGCGUCGGUUACGGAUGGACCUACACAAUACUGGGAGCGAUUUGUGCUCUUAUGCUUCCUAUGGUGUUUUUACAGAUUAAAAUCGGCCCCAAUUGUCGAGGGCGUCGGCGACAGAGAGAUGCCCCGCCGGCCUCUGUCUGAUUGCUUUGGUAUAGAAGACAUAAUAAAGAACCUUCCUUUCGCAUCCCAUUUCUAGUAAAAACGCUAGUAACUCUUGUGCUUUACAUACAUACACUGCAAUGCUCACGUUUUUCUCCUUCGGCGAAUCGUAGGCUGGUCCCUGUUCGUCCAAACAAUGUGCUCACUACCGUUGUGUAUGCGGUCUCGAUAUAGCCAGGCCAUUUCCUCUGCUCGGUGAUCACGUCCAAGUGGAGGAGAGGACCCUGAGAAUUCUUUCACAUCGGGGCAGGCUGCGAUCCGUGUAAAAUUCCUACAGUAAGGUGGGAUUAUUAGGGUUGAGGUGGAAGGACUGAUAGCUGAGAUCGAAUGAAACUGGAGACAAUCAUUGAAAAUGGAUCAUGUUUUCACCUUUUCGAAAUUCUAUGAUACACGGAACAAAUAUCUACGCGAAUUCUUUCGAGGACAAUCCCUGAUGAUUGACAAACUAAUUCUUCGACUGCAUAACACUUGCGGAGUAUU